GUGUUUCUGGUUCAGCUUCCUUGCUCCCAAGACUUUUCUAUUUUGGUUCCCGGUGUCAUGUGAUCCCCCUGGCCAGUGAGAGCCCCGCAGAGGGAAUGGCAACAGCCUGCUGGGAGCAAUGUGGACUGCCAGCUGCCGAUCUCACUGUUGACAGUAAAAGCAGAUAUGUUCCUUGCUCACUGCCAUUAGCACUGACCAUGACCCUUCACACCAAAACCUCUGGAGUUACCCUGCUGCACCAGAUUCAAGGAACUGAACUGGAGACACUGAGCAGACCUCAGCUGAAGAUUCCCCUGGAAAGAUCGCUCAGCGACAUGUACGUGGAGACCAACAAGACAGGAGUUUUUAACUACCCAGAAGGAGCUACCUAUGAUUUUGGUACUACAGCUCCAGUGUACAGCUCUACUACGCUCAGUUACGCCCCUACUUCUGAAUCUUUUGGGUCCAGCAGUUUGGCAGGAUUUCACUCACUGAACAGUGUCCCACCAAGCCCGGUGGUGUUCUUGCAAACGGCACCCCAGCUCUCACCCUUCAUCCAUCAUCACAGCCAACAGGUACCCUAUUACCUUGAAAACGAUCAGGGCAGCUUUGGAAUGAGGGAAGCUGCUCCUCCAGCCUUCUACAGGCCAAGCUCUGAUAACAGACGCCACAGCAUCCGGGAGAGGAUGUCCAGUACCAAUGACAAAGGGAGCCUGUCCAUGGAGUCCUCCAAAGAAACCCGGUACUGUGCUGUCUGCAACGACUACGCUUCAGGCUACCAUUAUGGGGUCUGGUCUUGCGAGGGAUGCAAAGCUUUCUUCAAAAGGAGUAUUCAAGGGCACAAUGACUACAUGUGUCCUGCUACUAACCAGUGCACCAUUGACAAGAACAGAAGAAAGAGUUGCCAGGCUUGUCGACUGAGAAAAUGCUAUGAAGUGGGAAUGAUGAAAGGUGGAAUCCGGAAAGACCGCAGAGGUGGACGAGUGAUGAAGCAAAAACGUCAAAGAGAGGAGCAGGAUUCCAGAAAUGGGGAGGCUUCUUCAACAGAGCUGCGAGCUUCCACCCUUUGGGCGAGUCCACUGGUGGUUAAACAUAACAAGAAGAACAGUCCGGCCCUAUCCCUGACGGCAGAACAGAUGGUCAGUGCCUUGCUGGAAGCUGAGCCACCACUAGUUUAUUCUGAAUAUGACCCAAAUAGACCAUUCAAUGAAGCCUCUAUGAUGACCCUGUUGACCAACCUUGCAGACAGAGAAUUAGUGCACAUGAUCAACUGGGCAAAAAGAGUUCCAGGAUUUGUGGAUUUAACACUCCAUGAUCAGGUUCAUCUACUGGAAUGUGCUUGGUUAGAGAUACUGAUGAUCGGCUUAGUCUGGCGCUCCAUGGAACACCCAGGAAAGCUUUUAUUUGCACCUAACCUAUUACUGGACAGGAAUCAAGGGAAAUGUGUGGAGGGCAUGGUGGAAAUCUUUGACAUGCUGCUGGCUACUGCUGCUCGGUUUCGCAUGAUGAACCUUCAAGGGGAGGAAUUCGUGUGCCUUAAGUCCAUCAUCCUGCUCAAUUCCGGUGUGUACACUUUUCUUUCCAGCACCUUGAAAUCUCUAGAAGAAAAAGACUAUAUUCACCGUGUCCUGGACAAAAUCACAGACACUCUGAUUCACUUAAUGGCUAAGUCAGGUCUUUCUCUGCAGCAGCAACACAGACGACUGGCUCAGCUCCUCCUCAUCCUCUCUCACAUCAGACACAUGAGCAACAAAGGAAUGGAGCACCUGUACAAUAUGAAGUGUAAGAAUGUAGUUCCACUCUAUGAUCUCUUGCUGGAGAUGCUGGACGCUCACCGACUGCAUGCCCCAACAGCCAGGAAUGCUGCCCCAAUGGAAGAGGAGAACCAGAGCCAGCUGACAACUGCAUCAGCUUCAUCUCAUUCCUUGCAGUCUUUUUAUGUAAACAGCAAAGAAGAGGAAUAUGCAGAAUACAAUAUAAGCAGAAGUCAGAAUAUAUAAUGGUAUGAGAAACCCAGCAGCAUUCUACCUAGCUCAUGCUUCAUUUUGUCUAUAGUGCCACCUUUGAAAACACUCCAGUGACAGCAGCACCUGUAUUUUUCAUUUGAGUGUUUGUCAAGCGGUUACCUAAACUGAUUGCUUAUCCUAAAUGGAAGACAUUUCAUUGCUGUGGACAGCUAGCAAGGACUGUCAGGCUAACUUGAUUUAAAAUUUGCAGUGUUUUUAUUUAAUUUUGCACGUAAGUUUGAUAAGUCCUAAUCUAAACCGUACAUUAAUUUUACUUUAAAUUGAUAGGGGAUACCACUCAUGCAUAUUGGAAUUUUCAUGAGUGGUAGCCUUUGUUGAUAUCCACCCAAAAUCCUGAGCUCGUUUAAUCCUUUACUUGCUUGAAACUUUUAAGCAAUUUGGUAGAGAUUCUGGAUGAGAUUUUGGGGGGUGUAAAUAGAAAGUUGUCUGGCAUCUUAGUGUGUUGUAGUGAAACUGCACUGCUAGGGACUGCCUUGGUAGUUAGAUUCCUGCCUCUUUUCUUCCUACAGUAGAAAGAAACCUCUGUCUGAGAAUAAUGCUUUACCUUGCUGGCUUACAUCAGCAGACAACUCCAUCUCAAGCUCAUUCUGACCAAACUUUUAGGUACCCUUACCAUAUCCUCUAGAUGAAUUGCAUUGCAUGCAUCCUAUCUUGUCUGAUCCUAGAAAGCUAAAUUGUUCUGUUGCUCAACAGUGUAAGUCCAGGGCAGUGUGGCAAACAGUGAUAACAUAGAUAAUCGCUCUUGAAUCAGAUGAGAUGAUUACAAAAAUCAUCAGGUCUUUAAAAGAAGGUCUUCACACACCUACAGGAUCCAGUACUAUUUAUGAAAAAAUAUCCCCCUGUCCUGUGCUUUGCUGUGCUACAAAGCAAGGGGUGAGGAUGUCUUUGGCUCUUGUUGUGGUAUGCUUUGAAAGCACUGUUAAGAGCCAGCUCACCUGCAACACCAGAACUGGGCAAUGAGCCUCAGACAUGGUGAAGUCUCUGGGACUGCAUGUCCAGGAAGAUAAAUCUGUCUUUCUCCAUGCAUGUCUGUAACUCACAAGCAUAUUCCUAAGGAUUAGUUUGAUUCCUCAGACAAACUGUAAAUAUACAAAAGGUCCACUCACAUCAAGAGUUUCAACAAGACAUAAAGGAGAGAGACUGAAGAAAUAUAUAUGAUGUGCUAUCCAAACUAGGAGUUGGUGCUGUUGUUUGAUUGCCUCUAUGUUAGAAAAUUAAACAUGUCAGGGAACGUUGCUGGGUACUGGAAUGUGAUUAUUACAUAUGCUAGGGAUAUUUUACUAGUCUGGUGAUAUAUUUUGCCUGUGCUAUCUGCACUUGUGGUUGACAGGUGCAGUUUGGGAGUUAGCACAGACUAGAGACUAUUCCAAUAGCUGGUUGGAAGCAACCACCCUGCCAGUGAGGAUGUUUCAUAGCAUGUGUGUAGGCUGCUCCACAGCAGCUGGACACAAUGCUAGAGAAAGGGUUCAUGGAUGCUUCUUUUACUGCUAUAGUUGAAAUCUUUAUAUUAGAUUAUGUUGAUUGGAAUAUCCUGUAGUAACUAAAUAUAGGAAAUAGUGCAACGAAUGCUGUUCAGGAGUGCCUAUAUCUGAUUAUGCUCCCUGUCACACAAGCAGAGUCUUUGUGCAGUGAGAUGAAGCUACAUAGCAAUUGUGAAGGCAGCAAGGCAUAGGAUGAGUUUGUGCUCCAAGUCAAGAAUUCUUUAAUGAAUGUACAUAAUGAUGUCUAUAAUAGUUUCAUGUACAUAUCUGAGGAUAUGCACAGUUUAGAAGUCUAAAGCUAGAUGCUACCUACAUUUGAGAAGAUUCCUCAAAAACUCUACAAGCCUAAAUAUGUGAUACAGUCACUGUAAGUUAAUAGGCUUUUUAUUGAUGCAUAGUGUCUUUUUUUCCUGAAAGU